GCAACACAGUUAAAGUUUCAUCUGAUUCAUUUUGCGAAAAGUUCAUUUAGCCGGCGAUUGAGAUAAUUUAUGAAUCUAAUUAGAUUUUUAAAGGUACAAGUGUCCAAAAUGUCUCUGAAAUUGCUGUCCAGUGUUAAAUGUUUCGGUGGAGAGCAACGUGUUUAUUCUCACGCCUCGGAAGUGCUGGGCUGCGAAAUGAAGUUUGGUGUCUACAUGCCACCCACUGCCGUUGAAGAUCAUGACGAAUGCCCGGUUUUAUACUUCUUGAGUGGUCUUACUUGCACCCAAGACAACUUUAUACAAAAGUCUGGCUUUCAGCAACAUGCAUCCAAACAUGGCAUUGUAGUUGUCAAUCCUGACACAUCUCCCCGUGGAUUAAAUCUUCCUGGUGAGGAUGAUCAUUGGGAUUUUGGCAGUGGUGCUGGUUUCUAUGUCGACGCAACUGAGGCGCCGUGGUCUAAAAAUUACAAGAUGUACACAUACGUGACACAAGAAUUAGUGGAACUAGUGAACACCAACUUGCCGGUGCUGCCCAAUAAACGUGGUAUUUUUGGCCACAGCAUGGGCGGCCAUGGUGCAUUGAUAUGUGCGUUAAAGAAUCCUGGUAUUUAUCAAUCUGUGUCUGCUUUCGCGCCCAUCUCGAACCCCGUUCAAUGCCCGUGGGGUAAGAAAGCAUUCUCUGGCUAUUUAGGUGCCAAUGAGGAGUUAUGGAAGGCGUGGGAUGCGACCGAAUUAGCAACAGUAUAUGCUGGUACACCAUUAGAAAUUCUAGUAGAUCAAGGUUCAGAGGAUAAUUUUUAUAAAGAGAAGCAAUUGCUGCCAGAGAAUCUUUUGAAUGCCGGUGCUGAAAAUAGACACUUGCAAUUAGUUUAUAAGCAACGCGAGGGUUACGACCACAGCUACUUUUUCAUUGCCACGUUCAUUGGAGAGCAUUUUGAUCAUCACGCCAGAUUCUUAAAAGCUUAGACGGAAGUAGCCUGCUAAGGAAUAUGUAUAUCUUCACGUAGUACAUUCUACUUAUUACAUGGCUUUAAAUAAAGCAUUUAUUGAAAUAUCUACGAUAUGCGAUUAAGGCAAAAUUGUUUAUAUGUAGAAUGUUUGAAUAAAAAGUUUUUUAAAUUUUUAUAUA